UUUCCUAGCGAGCCUCCGGACGCCGCGUUUACGUCGACACUACGUCGGAAAUUCGGUUGUUAGAUCAAACUGCGGUGCAGCAGGCUGCGCAGCAAGUACAGAGCGGAUGCUAAGUGCGCGACUGGCCCGGUGCAUGGUCUCCAUGGCCACGCGCGCAUGUGUGUCGCGGGGCAGCGCGGGAUCGGCGGCUGGCGGGCCAGUGGAAGCCGCUAUCCGCGCCAAGUUGGAGCAAGCCCUGAGCCCUGAGAUACUGGAGCUGCGCAACGAGAGCGGCGGCCACGCAGUCCCCGCAGGCAGCGAGACGCAUUUCCGCGUGGCGGUGGUGAGCUCUCGUUUCGAGGGGAUGAGCCCCUUGCAACGGCACCGGCUGGUCCACGAGGCACUAUCGGAGGAGCUGGCUGGGCCGGUACACGCGCUGGCCAUCCAGGCGAAGACCCCCGCCCAGUGGAGAGAGAACCCACAGUUGGACAUUAGCCCCCCCUGCCUAGGUGGAAGCAAGAAAACUCGAGGGACCUCUUAAUACCCGGAUUGGGAGAACAAUGAUCCGAAUGAGAAUAAACUACUCUAUCGCUACUACCUUAUUCUUUGAUUUGUACGGACCAGGACCUCUGCCCCUUCUGCUAAUGUACACCAAGCAAAGGCAAAGAAGCUUCUGGUGAAUGCUAAGCUAGCCCAGGGAGAGAGCAGCCACUCAGGCUGCCCGGUCCUGAUGAGUGGGAAAGGGCCAUGAUAAUAAAGGGAAGCUGGCGCAUGA